AUGGAAUCGAAUGAAAAAUCGGAAAAUUUUUUUAACGACUCCUCAAAUGUCGUACCUCCGAAAGUGACGUCAUUUUCAAUAGCCGACAUAUUAAAAAGCAGAGAAGAAAGAAGAGAACAAAAGGAAAAAUUAUUCGUUAAAGAAUAUCAUCAUCAUCAUCAGGAAGAAGCUUUGGAUAUGAGAAGAAAAUCGAAUAAAUACAAAGUAAAACAUGUGUUGACCAACUAA